CGCAAAUUCGAUUUGACUAUUAUUAUCAUGGGUAUAAAACCGACGGAAUCGUUUUCGUUUUCGUCAGUGCGUACGGUAUUGUUUGAACGGUCUACGACAGAAAGAAGUUUCAACUACCGCAAACAGGAUAACUUAAACGAUGAUGAACACUUCAUUCAAGAAAAUCGUCUUCUUGGCCGCGGCGUUGGCAUUGAUCGCGAUAUUCGGUCACGUGGCGGCGGACAUGGCGGAUGUGGGCAUGUGCAUCAGGAACUGCGCGCAAUGCAAAAAGAUGUUGGGUGCCUACUUCGAGGGGCCGUUGUGCGCAGACGCCUGCGUCAAAUUCAAGGGCAAGAUGAUACCGGACUGUGAAAACAUCGAGUCCGUAGCACCGUUCCUCAACAAGCUCGAGUGAUUGAACCGGAGCAUCCAUCACACCUUAAGACCGAUAUGUUUAUUUACAAACGAAGAAUUAUAUGUUAUUUAAGCUAUAUGCGGCUGCGCGCGGCCAUAUUAUAAUAUAGAUAUUGCUUACCGAUUUAAUAAACAGAAUGUGUUGAUAAAUUA